AUGAGUGCGUUUGGAAUUUUGGGUGCUCUCACUGCCACGUACCUAAUUUAUUGGAUUGUCCGAGCCGUGUACCGCGUUAAAUUUCACCCCCUCUCACGAUUUCCAGGGUCUAAGGUCGCAGCAGCAUCAGCAGCCUGGUACGAAUGGUACUGGAACUUCCACCAGCCAGGCCAACUCCUUUUCGAAAUUGAGCGGCAACACCAAAAGUAUGGGCCCAUCAUUCGAAUUGGGCCAUCAGACCUCCACAUCAACGAUCCGGAGGUAUACCAAGAUGUGACUAGGGUCGGCUCGAAAUUCGUAAAGGAUGCCAAGUUCUACAACUUCAUCACCUUUCCGGGUUCAUCGAUAGGAGAGACAGACCCAGCAGCGCAUCGGAUUAGACGACAAGUACUGACGCCUGCAUUCUCACCCCAGCGCGUGCAGGAAUUGGCUCCCUUCAUCAAGCAGCAAGUCGACAAAUUACUGUCUCGGUUCUCGGAAUUUGCAAAAACGUCAACACCAGUCGACGUUAACGCGGCAUCCAAGGCCUUCACUAUGGAUAUAAUUUCGAAGAUCCUGUUUGGUCAACAGGUCGGGUGUUUGGAUGAUCCGGAGUUCCGCAAUGACUUCGUGAGGUAUAUCAAGGAGGCUUUCGAGAUGGGUUGGACAGCCACCGCAUUCCCGGAAUUGACCAAAUUCAUGCUAUCGGUGCCGGACUGGCUCUCGAAAGCUAUUUUCCCAAUUCCUAUCAUGAUCUUCAAGGAGGUGAGUAGCUACCUCGAGCGCCAGAAGCACACCACAUCCGUUGCAGAGCCUGAACAUAUGAAAUCAGUAGUGAUCGAUAUGCUUGUUGACGCCAAUUCAGCCAAAGGGCAUGUAGUUCCAACUCCUGACCAACUGACUGAGGAGAUCAUCAUGCUGCUAUCGGCUGGAAAUGAUACCACGUCGGACGCUCUGAUCAUUGGGAUAUGGCAGAUAUGUCGACAUCCUGAGGUAGUCCGACGGCUAGAAGACGAACUGAACAUGGCCUUUCCGAACGUAAGGAAUACUGAUGCGAUUACCUACGAGAAUGUCAGAAGUUUGCCGUACCUGAAUGCAGUCAUCAAAGAAAUCUUGCGUAUAAGCAAUCCAUUGCCAGGACGCUUACCACGCCUUGUUCCACAAGAAGGGUAUAACUUGUACGGACAGCAUGUGCCCGCAGGAACUGCUCUCAAUUUUUCAGCUCAUUUGUUGAAUCGACAUCCCUCCGUAUGGACCAAUCCCAAGGACUUUGACCCUAACAGGUGGUUGGGUUCAGAUACUGCAUUCCUAGACAAAUAUCUAGCAACUUUCCAGAACGGAACACGUCAGUGUCUCGGGAAACAGUAUGUCUCGGAUUUUUCCAUUAGAAGUGCUGCCUGGCUGACGAGUCCCGUAGACUAGCGUGGUGUGAGAUGUACACG